AUGCAAUUCAUUUAUGUUUUACCUGGGUGGGAAGGUUCUGCAGCUGAUGGUAGAAUACUCAGAGAUGCCAUUAGUAGAAGAAAUGGUUUAAAUGUUCCACAAGGGUGUUACUACUUAAUUGAUGUUGGAUACACGAAUGGAGAGGGAUUUCUUGCACCAUAUAGAGGUCAAAGAUACCACUUGAAUGAUUGGAGAGAAGGACACCAACCUACCACCCCUCAAGAAUAUUUCAACAUGAAACAUUCUCAAGCUAGGAAUUGCAUUGAGAGAUGCUUUGGCAUAUUGAAAGCGAGAUGGGCAAUUUUAAGGGAAAAAUCAUUUUAUCCAGUGAAAACACAAUGUAGACUCAUUUCAGCUUGUUGUCUUCUCCAUAAUUUCAUAAGAUCUGAGAUGCCAAUCGAUCCUAUUGAAUCUGACUAUACUGAAGAUAGUAGGCAUGUUGAAGAGAUUAAUGAAGUAGAAAUGAUCAGACAUUGUGAGCCAAGCAGUGCUUGGAAUGAGUGGAGAGACAAAUUAGCAGAAGAUAUGUUUACUAGUUGGUUGACGUCACGUACUUUAGGAUAG